CAUUUCGUUGUAUUUUAGUCACUCUGGCCCAGAUCUUUCUGGGAGGCGACUUCUCUGCAGCCUGGACCCAGAGGGGCCCCCUGCCGCUGGCAGAGGGCGGAGGAGUUACAGGCGUUAACCCCUCCCAGUCCCUUCCUAGAGGAGCCACCCAGCCUCGGCCGGGCGCCUCGCGGAGCAGUGCGGGCAGCGCAGGCGGCGCAGGCAGAGCUGGCCACUGCGAGUGCACGGCCGCAGAGGGAGGAGAACCCAGCGCAGGGAACUUUUCGAGUGAGCUGGCCGCCGUCAGUCGCGGACGGCAGCAAGAUGCGGAUCGGGCGGUGUAGACCCGGAGCCCUGCGGACGCAGCUUCGUCCGGCUUGAGCGAGGUACGGGGUUGCGAGCCUCGCAGGCUCCCUCGCCGGCUGCGGGGUGUCCAGGCUGCUGUUUGGGAGGCCUCUCCAGCCAAGGAAUAGCAACACAAAAAGCGGUUGGGUUGCUCGCUGACCGGGCCCUGCUGUAACUGAAGGCUCGCUCAACCUCGCCCUCUAGCGUUCGUCUGGAGAAGUAACACCCUGGGCUCCUGGGGACACAGUGAGGCUAUGGUGUCCACCAGCGUCCCAGUGGUCAAGGCCCUCCGCAGCCCUGUCUCCGACUAUGGCAACUAUGAUAUCAUAGUCCGGCAUUACAACUACACAGGCAAGUUGAACAUCGGCCUGGAGAAGGACCAUGGCAUUAAGCUGACCUCAGUGGUGUUCAUUCUCAUCUGCUGCUUCAUCAUCCUAGAGAAUAUCUUUGUCUUGCUGACUAUUUGGAAAACUAAGAAGUUCCACCGACCCAUGUACUAUUUCAUUGGCAACCUGGCCCUCUCGGACCUGUUAGCAGGCGUGGCUUACACGGCUAACCUGCUGUUGUCUGGGGCCACCACCUACAAGCUCACCCCCGCCCAGUGGUUUCUGCGGGAAGGGAGUAUGUUUGUGGCUCUGUCUGCCUCAGUCUUCAGCCUCCUUGCCAUCGCCAUUGAGCGCUACAUCACCAUGCUGAAGAUGAAACUACACAACGGGAGCAACAGCUCGCGCUCCUUCCUGCUCAUCAGCGCCUGCUGGGUCAUCUCGCUCAUUCUGGGUGGCCUGCCCAUCAUGGGCUGGAACUGCAUCAGCUCGCUAUCCAGCUGCUCCACCGUGCUCCCGCUCUACCACAAGCACUAUAUUCUCUUCUGCACCACCGUCUUCACGCUGCUCCUGCUGUCCAUCGUCAUCCUCUACUGCAGGAUCUACUCCUUGGUCAGGACUAGAAGCCGCCGCCUGACCUUCCGCAAGAACAUUUCCAAGGCCAGCCGCAGUUCUGAGAAGUCUCUGGCCUUGCUGAAGACGGUGAUCAUUGUUCUGAGCGUCUUCAUUGCCUGCUGGGCCCCUCUCUUCAUCCUGUUGCUGUUGGAUGUGGGCUGCAAAGCGAAGACCUGUAGCAUCCUGUACAAAGCAGAGUACUUCCUGGUUCUCGCUGUACUGAACUCAGGUACCAACCCUAUCAUCUACACUCUGACCAACAAGGAGAUGCGCAGGGCCUUCAUCCGGAUCGUAUCCUGUUGCAAAUGCUCCAACGGAGACUCCACUGGCAAAUUCAAGAGGCCCAUCAUCCCAGGCAUGGAAUUUAGCCGCAGCAAAUCAGACAACUCCUCUCACCCCCAGAAGGACGAUGGGGACAACCCAGAGACCAUUAUGUCUUCUGGAAACGUCAACUCCUCUUCUUAAAACCGGAAGCUGUUGAUACUGGGGAAGCAUUUUGACUUGGUCACCCACUACCCCAGCGUCUCAAAAAUGUCUCUCGUUCCUGGGGAAGGAGCGACUAGGAGCCCGAGAGAGAGGGAGGGAAGGGAGAGUGUGUGGCCUGGGGAUGCCAUGGUGUAGGUAGGUGGUUCCUGUGAACAACGCACCGGGAAGGGUGGAGAUCAGGUCUGGCCUGCAGUUGGUUUCCUGCCCCACCCCCCAACACCCCGGAGCUUUGAUUUUUGCACUGGUCUAGCAUUGUCAAGCUCCCGGAGGGCUCAGGUGGCCCUUCCUCAAAGACUGAGGUCCCAAGAGAAAGUGUCCCUGGAGUUUUGAGAUGUGAUUUUUUCCCCCCUACUGUAAUGACAAAGUGAGUAUGUGCCCUUUAGUUUGUUUGGGCUUUGUGCAUGUCCCACCCCUCCCUCCCCAUCUCACCCUGUCUCCCCUUCCCAUCCUCUCUCCAUAUUCUUUUACUUUAUAUCUUAACUGCCUGACCUUUGUUCAUCAGAAGGAACGGUGUGGAGGGCUCUGUUUCUUGAUUGUCUGUAGUGGGUAGGCUGUUGACUGGGAAGGCUAUUUGUUGAGGCCAAAGUUUCCACGUAAGCUGGUUCAAGUUGCUGGGGAUUUGGUAGGCUACCUUCAAGAUAAAAAUGUGUUCCUUAUUCCUCAUGGGCAUGUGUUUGUAAUGGGAAUAACGAAGUCUACUUCAUUUGAGUUAUAUCUGCCAGGCCCUUAGGAGAUACAUGAGAAAAACAAUAGAGUGAGGUGAAAUGUGGGGUGAAUUUUUGCAAUCUAAGAGCUAUGUCUUGAUGUCUUUCUCUAACAAGUACAACCUUUGGCACUUUUACUGAUUAUUUCAGACUGCUGUGUGAUCCAUUUCAACCAACUUGGGGGUGGGUGGGUGGUUGUAUCUCGUUUAAAGAACAGUUCAUGAUUUUUGAAUGUAUUUGUUUAUUUGAGGUCAUCUUAUUGAAUUUUUUCCUAACCUGUGUUAACACCAUUGAAUGUGUAGUUCUUAAGAAAGUGCCACCCUCUUGUACCUGAAAAAGCAUUACUUUAGCAGACAGGGAGCAUCAAGAAUUCUUCAUUUCAGCUGUCAUUAGACAUGGAUGGUGGGUGUAAAUGUUACAGAGAAUAAAAAUAUAUUGCUGUCUUUUUAGUAUGGUUUUAAGUGCAAUUAAACCAAGAAAUGUCUUUUUUUUUUAAAAAAUAGUAUUUAAUAGGUUUCUGACUUUUGUGGAUUAUUUUGCACAUAGCUUUAUCAACUUUUAAACAUUAAUAAACUGAUUUUUU